AUGUCGCCCAGUCUCCCCACGAAGCUGCUGGCGCUGGGGCUCGCGUGGCUGUGGGCGCCCCCCUGCCAGGGCAAUUGCGCGCAGCUGAAGUGCGCCGAGCAGGAGAGCUGCUGCAGCUACGGCAACGUCACCCACGCGGAGGUCAAGUGCUGCGCGCUCCCUUUCCACACCUUCCUGGACAACGUGGGCUGGUUCGUGCGGAAGCUCUCCGGGCUGCUCAUCCUGCUGGUGCUCUUCGCCAUCGGCUACUUUCUGCAGCGCAUCAUCUGCCCCAGCCCGCGCAGGCACAACCGCCGCCGCCGCCGGGGCCAGGAGGAGGAGGACGAGGCGGACGACGAGGAGGCAGAUCUGGACUCGCCCGCCCGCGGCACCCCGCUCAACGUGACGGCCGCCACCUCGCAGGACUCGCUCCUGGACAGAAGGAGCCGCGAGCUGCCGCCGCCGCCGCCCCCUCCGCUGCUGCACCUCGUCUCGCCCGUCUUCUUGCAGCUGCCCAGCUACGAGGAGGUGAAGUACCUGCCCACUUACGAGGAAUCCAUGCGGCCCCAAGCGCCCGUCGUCCUGCCCGUCACCAGCCUGGCCACGGCGGCGGGCAGAGGCCUAGUGGCAGCGGAGCCGGACUGCUGGGCAGAACCUGGCAGCUGAAAAA